AUGGAAUGGAAAUGCACUGCACCCCAGACCUUCCGGUCUCCUCGCGAGCAAGCUCUCCGCUUCAACAUGAUUGAUCGCCUCGAAAAAUUGGACGCUCAGACAAGCCACCUCGCCGGCGGUGCCUCUAUCUAUUGGGAAGGACUUUUUCUUGUAGGUAACACCCUGGCAUCAAAAGGGUUCUGUGUAUUUUGGAGAAAUCACGAGUUGGAUGUUUGA